CAGAUAGUGUGCGCAGGAUGCAGGACCGUUCUGUUGUACCCCGCCGGCGCGCAGAACGUCCGCUGCGCCCGAUGUUCGACUGUCACCGCUGUCGCCCCCCCCACCCCUGCGGCAGACAUGGCGCAGUUGUGCUGCAGCAAUGCGCAGUGCCGAGUGGUGCUGAUGUACCCGCGUGGGGCGGGUGCCGUGCAGUGCAGCGUGUGCGGCAAUAUCAGCGAUGCCUCGCAGGCCAACCAACUGGGCCACGUCGUCUGCGGCGGCUGCCAGGUCACCCUGGCCUAUGCCUAUGGCGCACAGUCCGUCAAGUGCGCAGUCUGCAACUUUGUGACCCCGGUCUCUGCACACCUUGGCGGCACCUCCACAGCGGCGCAGCAGCAGCCACAGCAGCAAUCAGCGCAGCAACAGGGACAGCAGCAGCAGCAGCAGCAGCACCAGGCAGCAACGGUAGUGGUAGAAAAUCCUGCAACACAGGACGAACAGGGAAAUGAGGUG